UUAUAUAAUCUCACCUUCUUCUCAAUUCCCCCUGCAAGCAGAAGAAGAAGCAGAUCAGAGGCCUGCCUGCAAAAAGCCCCCACGAGCUGAGCUUUUUGUUUAUUUUUCUCGUUUGACCUUUCUCCACUGUACUGUUCUGAGCGCAUAUAGAUAAUCAUCGACAACGCAUUCAUUUGCGUUUCUGCAAAAUUCAUCGACAAAUCUGUGUCAGAUUAGUUUAAAGCCUCAUUAGCAAAACCAGAGAGAGAGAGAGAGAGAGUAGUGGUCCAGUGUUAUAACAAAACUUAUACGCUGUUUGAAUUGAAUUGAAUUGAAUUGGCUGCCAUAUAUACUCCUGACUCCUGAGCUCGAUCAAGUAUUUCUACUUAUUCUCCUGUUUCUUCUUUCUGGAAAUUGAAGAUGGGAGAUAACUCGUCGGCGGCGGCCAAGCACCAGAAUUAUCACCGGCAAGUGCUCGAUUUCUCGAUCAACGUCGACGCUCAGUCGCGCGCCGGCGACUCCAAAUGCUUCGACGACGACGGCCGUCUCAAGAGAACUGGGAGUGUUUGGACGGCUAGUGCACACAUAAUAACGGCUGUUAUAGGUUCGGGAGUUUUGUCCUUAGCAUGGGCCGUGGCACAGUUGGGAUGGAUUGCUGGUCCAACUAUGAUGAUCUUGUUCUCUAUCGUCACCUAUUACACCUCCGUUCUUCUCUCCGAAUGUUACCGUUCCGGCGACCCUGUCACCGGCAAGAGAAACUACACCUACAUGGACGCCGUCCGCUCCAAUCUUGGGGGAUUGCAGGUUAAGAUUUGUGGGGCAAUUCAGUAUGCAAAUCUGGUUGGAGUGGCAAUUGGGUACACCAUUGCCUCUGCUAUAAGCAUGGUGGCAAUCAAGAGGUCGAAUUGUUUCCACGCUAGUGGAGGGAAGAACCCAUGCCAUAUAAACAGCAAUCCUUACAUGAUAAUAUUUGGAGUGGUGGAGAUCAUCUUCUCUCAAAUCCCAGAUUUUGAUCAGAUUUGGUGGCUCUCCAUUGUUGCUGCUGUCAUGUCCUUCACCUACUCAACCAUUGGACUUGGCCUUGGCAUUGCCCAAGUUGCAGAAAAUGGGAAAAUCCAAGGAAGCCUUACUGGAAUCAGCGUUGGAAGUACUGUUUCUGAACUACACAAGAUAUGGUUAAGCUUUCAAGCGUUUGGAGCCAUAGCUUUUGCCUAUUCUUAUUCCCUCAUCCUCAUUGAAAUUCAGGACACAGUGAAAUCUCCACCAAGAGAAUCCAAGACAAUGAAGAAGGCAACCUUAAUCAGCGUAGCAGUAACAACUGUGUUCUACAUGCUGUGUGGAUGUUUCGGCUACGCCGCCUUCGGCGACAGCUCCCCCGGCAACCUCCUAACCGGCUUCGGAUUCUACAACCCCUUCUGGCUUCUCGACAUCGCCAACGCCGCCAUCGUCAUCCACCUCGUCGGCGCCUACCAGGUCUACUGCCAGCCCCUCUUCGCCUUCGUCGAGAAAACCGCCAAAGACCGAUUCCCAGAUUCCAAGCUCAUAACCAGAGACCUCCAAAUCCCCCUCUUCCCCGGCGGCAAGCCUUUCAAGCUCAACCUCUUCCGCCUCGUAUGGCGCUCCGUCUUCGUGGUCAUCACCACCGUCAUCUCCAUGCUCCUCCCCUUCUUCAACGACAUCGUGGGCAUCCUCGGCGCCCUCGGCUUCUGGCCUCUCACCGUUUACUUCCCCGUCGAAAUGUAUAUAGUUCAGAAACAGAUACCCAAAUGGAGCACCAAAUGGGUCUGCUUCCAAGUCCUCAGCGCCGCCUGCCUUGUCAUCUCCAUUGCCGCCGCCGUCGGGUCCUUCGCCGGAGUUGUCACUGAUCUUAAGGUUUACAGGCCAUUCAAGACCAGCUACUAAUUGUUGAGAUGUUCAUAAGGAUCGAUCGGAACAAAAAAAAGAUGCCAAUUAAAAUUAAGAAGAGCUAGCUAGGCAUGCAGUUCUGUCGUCUGAUCUGUAGUGAUGAUAGUUUAGUUUAUAUGUUUUCAUAUCGUGUCUUGUGAGUUGUGAUGAUGCCAAAUUAAAGAUAAGAUAUCAGAAUGUCUGAUGAUCCUCAAAUCUUGUCCACUUAGAAUCUCAUGUUUUAGAAAAUCCAAACCAAAACUUUUCCCCAAGCAAUGCAAAUAAUAUAUUAACUCC